AUGAAGAGCAUCGCCGAUGCAAUCAGUCUAUCCAAUAAGAUCACAUCGCUCUGCGACAAGUACUCCGAAGCCGUCGGAGACAUGAAAAAGGAUAUCGAGUGUGUGCGGAAAGCAAUUUUGGACACUACUGAUGUCCUAGAGCGGAUCAAAACGCACCACAUUAAGGGCACAGACACGAUGCGUUCGCAUUCCGUAUUUAGCCUAUUCCAGUCAUUGCGCCAAUAUCAUCGAGAGCUAGGACACAUGAGGAGAAAACUAUUGCGCCCAAUGGAGACAUCGAUUUUCGCAAGUCAGAUCAACACCAGUUCCCUCGAAUGGCCAUUCACAAACACGGAGGUGGAAAGUAUCAUUUUGACAUUGAAAACACACACCGAAGUGGGUUUCUCCAAACACGCACUCUCCCAUUAUUCCGACAUCGAUGAAAAUACACGAUAUGUGCUGGACAUACCCACUGAGCGGGAUGAUGAAGGACCAUGGAAAGAACUGGAAGAAUUGCAGUUGAUAAUACGAGGCAUGGCUAGUUCGGGGCAGUCUAUAAUGGCGGGGAAUAUUGCUGCGUUGACAGUGAAAUAUGCCUCUGAUGACGAUGCCAGGAGCUUCCCAGACUCCACGCAUGAGACAAUAUCUAAGAUUACCUCAGCACAACCCGCAAUAAGUCUUCCAAGGAUAAACGAAGUGAUGUUGGAGAUUCCGAUUAAGGACACUUCACUUCAACAAUCAGAAAAAGAUGUGAUUCAGGCUGUAAAUGCAGAGCAUAUGACCAUUCAUUACAGAUUUUCUUUCGCACGGUCACCAACAACGGCAAUCCAGGAUAUCAGUAAGAAAACCGUGGAGAGAGUGGCUGGUACCAGGCUAUCUUGGUGGCCACUCUCCGAAUCAGAGGAGGAGCUCAAAGAGAAAUACACACGAGUCUACUCUCAACCCCUAACAAGUUCAUCUAUCCACAACCGACUGAGAAACUGUUUCCUGAACUGGUCGCUGCGCGGAACAAAGGGAUCAGGAACGCGUUGGGAGAGGCUGCGACAUGAGGCCAUAUUUCUUGAGGGUACCACAUUGAUGCGCCUAUUACGCAAUAGGAACACACGACAGGAAAAAGUAGCAUUUUUGACAAAAGUUACCCGAUUGCAGAGGAAAAUAAGGACACAAAAGGUUUGUCAGGCGAACAAAGUUUAUGGUUUUAUGAUACUAAAGCAGCCAGAUGCAUCUGACAGCAAAGAACAAGAACCAUCUUCAAAUUCAAAGGGAAAAGGGAAGCAGCAGAGUAUGGGAGCCGAUGGAACAAGCAAAAGCUCAGGAUCGGCAAGCGCUGCCCCAAAGAACGAUCGCAAGAAGGGUCCCGAUGACGACCAAAACGUGAAGCCUCCAGCAAGCGAAGAUACUGAGGACCAAGUCGACGACAAGAAAUCCGUACUCUUCUUGUCCAUUGAUGUCGACAAGAAUGAUUCGAGAGCCUGCUCGGUCGAUGUUGGGAUGAACGAUCUAACAACGAUGACAAGUCUACGCCAGUCCUACAAUGCUUUACGAGGCUCUUUUUCCUGGACCCGCAAGCGUGCCGUUGGAAUCAAAUUCUACCAAUUCCGAAGCUUCCUCUACAAACCACAACGUCGCCACCAGGUAGAGCUACACCGAGACAGGGAACGAUAUCCCCCCAAAGACGACGUCGCGUACUAUUGGAAUCUCUGGGCCGAAUGGCAGGACGGCGAUCCAUAUCCCAACGGCGAAGCAUGGUAUUUCUUCAGCCACCCAGACGACUGCGCCAGCUCCACGACGUUGAGAGAAAUGCUGCCGAAGCGGAAGAAGGAUGAAGCACGUUCAGGAACAACCGUGUAUGGGGUUUACAUCGAGCAGCGACAUUCCGUCUGGCAAAUCUUCAUUCCUGUUGUCGUGGUGCUUGUGUUUACCCUUGGCGGCACGCUCUGGUUCAUUGGGACAUGGCUUGAAGAUCACCCUGACGAUUUACAGGGCGCUACGGUUCCGGUGUUUCUGGCUUUGACGGCGGUCCAGUCGGUUCUCAGUCUUCUUGUUGCGCUCGUUGUGUUUCGGUGGAGUUUAUGA